GAAGGGCACAUAAUCGUACUGCUACAUACUGCAUCUGACGGGACAGCUUUGGCACGGGCCACACCCACUCUGGUUCCCAAUGAGCGUUACAUGCCCCCAAAAUAUGAAGAUGCAUUGGCGAUGCCCGUGGGUGCAUUCGGACCACCUCCUUAUUCAUUGGUGGCUGGAGAAGAACCUUCUCCGCAGGCAGUCACAAACGAACAACUUGUCGUACCUAGGGAAACAUCAUUUUCAGAAUCGGGACACAUGGAGCGCGAUCCUGCCGUUCCACCAUCACCACCAGUGCAAGAACAACACUGA